AUGGACAAGGAAGUUGGAUUUAUGAACAGACCACCUGUUCUGGAUGGAAGUAAUUAUGAUUAUUGGAAACCUCGCAUGGUUUCCUUCUUGAAAUCUAUAGAUAUCAAGGUUUGGAAAGCAGUUCUGAAAGGGUGGACACAUCCUGUUAUUAUGGGAGAAUACAAUCAACCCAAGAAUGUGUUAAAGCCAGAGGUAGAUUGGAAGCAAGAAGAAGACAAACUCGCACUUGCCAAUUCUAAGGCCUUCAAUGCCAUAUUUAAUGGAAUUGACAAGAACAUCUUUAGGCUGGUGAACACAUGUGAAGUGGCCAAAGAUUUAUGGGAGAUCCUUAGAACAACACAUAAAGGCACCUCUAAAGUGAAGAUGUCAAGACUUCAGCUGUUAACCACUCAAUUUGAGAAUCUAUGGAUGAAAGAAGAUGAAAGCAUUCAUGAGUUUCACAUGAAUGUCCUGGAGAUAGCAAAUGCAUCAAGUGCACUGGGAGAAAAGAUUCCUGAAUCUAAGUUGGUGAGAAAAAUGUUGAGAUCUCUUCCCAGGAUAUUUGACAUGAAAGUCAUAGUCAUAGUCAUAGAAGAAAGUCAAGACAUCAACCACUUAAAGCUAGACGAACUUGUUGGAUCUCUACAGACUUUUGAGCUAAGUAUCAAAGGAAGAUCGAAAUUGGAGAACAAGACCAUAACCUUCGAAGCCAUCUCUGAUGAUGAAGCAAAGGAAUAUAAUUCAAGGACAAGAAUAAAGUUAGCCAAUGCUAUAGCUCAGCUUAAUAGACAAGUUAGGAAGGUUAUGGGGUACUCUCGAGGGAAGGAGCCAUAG